AUGACCACUGCAAAGCCAGUGACCUUCACCUGCACCGCUGGCCUUUUCAGCUCCAGGAACCUCAGUGUCAACUGGCUGAAGGACAAUAAUAAACAUCCAGCUUUAGCCCCAGAACUGGUGCCUAUCAGCAAAGAUGUUUACUACGUCACAAGCAAGGUAUCCGUGGCAUUGGCCAAACAAGAUAUCUUUUCUCAGAUCACUUGUGAAGUCACCCAUGAGGACCUCGAUGAGCCCCUAACAAUGACCGUCAAUCUUUCCCACGUGAUCCUAGUUAUCCCUACACUGAAGAUCACCACAGAGCCCUCGCAGAUUCAAGAUCAUGCGCAUCAAAGAGUGAACCUGACUUGCCACGUAAACCACUUCUACCCCCCAGUCGGGCUGCUCGUCUGGAUUAAGAAUAAGCACAAGAUCCUGACUCUCAAGCUCUCUCAGGCCACAAGGAACUCCGAUGGGACAUACUCUCUAAAGCACACAUUGCAAGAAGGUGCCAUAUCGGAUGAGAGCACCUUUAUCUGCAUGGUGAUCCAGGUAGACCAGCCUCCACUGAGGAUUGGCAUUACCCUGGGAGACCAGACCCCCAGUAAAGGCAGAGAUAGGAAGCCUUUCAUCUCUCUCAAUGGCCCAGAUGAGAGGAAAAAGACAGGCACUUCAGAAUUAGUCCCUUUUAACUGCACCGCUGGCCCUUUCAGCUCCAGGAACCUCAGUUUUAAUUGGCUGAAGGACAAUAAUGAACUCCUAGCCUCAGCCCCAGAACUGGUGCCUAUCAGCAAUGACUCUUUCUACAUCACAAGCAAGGCGUGGGUGCUGUUGGCCAAACAAGAUAUCUUGUCUCAGAUCACCUGUGAAGUCACCCAUGGGGACCUCGAUGAGCCCCUAACAAUGACCAUCAAUCUUUCCCACGUGAUCCUAGUUGUCCCCACAGUGAAGAUCACCAAGGAACCCCCAGAGAUCCAUGAUCAUGCGCAUCAAAGGGUCAAUUUGACUUGUCACGUGAAUCACUUCUACCCUCCAAUCAGACAACUCACCUGGACUAAGAAUAAUAACAAGAUGCUUACUGUCGAGCACCUGCAGACCACCAGAAAUUCCGAUGGGACAUACUCUCUAAAGCACACAUUACAGGAAAAUGCCACAUCGGAUGAGAGCACCUUUAGCUGCUGGGUGUUCCAGUCUGACCAGCCUCCGCUGUGGGUCAGCGUCACCCUUGGAGCACAGUACCCCACUAAGGGCAGAGGAAGGAAAGACUAUGCUAACCACCUCGAAGGCCCCCUGCAGCGGUACUCACCAGGAACAAGCAUCCAACUGAAGUACACAUCUUCUGAGUUACCAACGCGGCAGGUUACUGUGACCUGGCUCAAAAACAACCACAGCCUUCUCCAAACCCAGACCAACAUCUUAUCCAGUGGAAAUGGUUACAAUGUGACUAGCAGUGUGCUUGUCCCCCUGGAGAGUAAUGACAUCCUCUCCUCGGUUCUCUGCCGGGUUGAGCACAAAUCGUCAGUGGUUUUCCAGAAGAUUGUCACCUUGGACCAGUACCUCCGUGUUCCUCCUGCAGUGAGAGUGUCCCAGUCUUCCGCUCUCUCCAAUUUGGUGACUGUUACUUGCCAUGUGCAGAGAUUCUAUCCACAGAAUGUGUAUCUCACCUGGCUAGUGGAUUGCCAUGUGCUCAAGAGACUGGAGCAGCCUAGACCCAAGAGGAAUAAGGAUGGGUCCUACACCCUGGAAAUCUUGCAAUCGAUAAACACAUCAAUGCAGAGGCCUGAUCAAGUACUCACUUGCAAGGUAGAACACGAGGCACAACCUCCCAUCCAGGCCAGCAUUAUAUUUUCCACACCAUCCUAUAUCACGUCCAAAGCCGUUGGGAGCCUAAGUUCAGAAAAAUCUAUCCAUAUUUUUGUGGCUUUCCUCCUAUGCUUCAAGUUACUUCUGGUGGAGCUCAAAUGGAGAGAAGAUAAAAAGACCUGUUGGUGA